AUGCCCGCCCAUCCACAUGGCUCAGGGAUGGCUUUUGAGUGCCGGUGUGAAGUAGCAGGAUGCUUACCUGAUUCACAAUAUGCAGAAGAGGAGCAGUGUCACCGGCUUCCUUCGGCAUCAAAUCAACGCAGGACACACGUGCCGGUCCAUCCGAGACUCGCCGCCAUCGGUUCCAACUACUCGUUACACCGAAUCGCCGCUCCAUCGACUGUCUCUACCCUCCAGGACAUGUUGACUGGGCGAGCGGAGGAGGCAGCUGGGUGUGAGCAACAGCCGUUGCAUCGACCCGCUCAACCCCAGGACAGUCGACCAGAUGCAGUAGCAGUACCAAUAGCCUCUACCAAAGCUUUGGUCAGUUGUCUCCACCACUCCACAAGCCAGAUCCAAAAUAUGCGCCAUUGGCGAGGCAUCGCCUUUGUUAUAUGCGGUUUACACGCCGUCCACUCCUCGAUAGUCCAUAAGAUGGGAAUCAAAAGCCCGCAAUCGAAUGAGGUCAUGGGCACGACAAUCGCAAAUGGCGUGCAUUCCGAUACCGAUAGUUGGAAAACCUCGAAGGCUCUCAAACGUUCUCGAGAGGACUCAAGUGUCAUGAACGACUCACGUCCACCAUCUUGCGAAGCAUCACAGCUCAAAUAUCCUGCCAUUUCUGAAAAUAAGAAUACCAGAAACAAAAUUGAUGCUGUACAAAAGGUUCGCAAGUGUUCCAAGGAAACUUUGGCCAAUUUCAAUAAAUGGAAAGCUGCCAUCUUGAAAUUGAAAAGAGCUCGUGGUAGCAGGCUUGAACUCCAAAGAAAGAUUGAAGUCCUUAUAAGAUCAGUCUCAAAGCUUUUUGAGCAUAGAAUCACGGAGCUGGAAGGACAUCCAGCCAAUCUCCCCGAUUCAAUGCUCCAGAUAUGGCUCAGCUCUGUUGGAGACAUUGACCGGAUUUGGGAGUCAUUUGAACCAAGGAAUUCGCAACCAGCAAGAUUGUUGAUCAAGAAGGGAGUUGAUCUGAUGAUCCAAUUCUUUGUUGACCUACAGCGGUUCGAAAUCGUCCCAGACGGGCGCCUCUCUCAUUUCUUAAACAAGGAGAACCAAGGAAAACUUAUUGCAUCUUACGCUAUCAACGGAUUCCUAAGAUUCCCGUUGACUUUGGCUGAUGUCUAUACAAACUUUAAUGUACGACUGAGCCUCCAGGAGGGCCCUGCAACAAAGAAAGUGGGAGAACUUCUGCAAUGUUAG